AUGAGCACCGCGCGCGCGGCAUAUCCCGGGGGUUGGUGGGGCGAGGGCACCUACACGGACUCGUUGGCCCAAUCGGACGAAGGUUUCGGUUUCAAACAAAAAAAGAGGGUGACCCGACGAUCGUCGUCGACGGCGAGGACCGUCGCCGCCGCCGCCGCCGCCGCGGACGGCGCGGGGGCUGGCGGCGACGAUGCCGAUGAUCGAGGGGGAGACGACAGCGGUGGUUCCACCGUCAAGUCGGUCAUCUCGAUCAUCUGGGCGCAGACGAUCAAGCCCCUCCGCGACUUCGGCUUUGGCAGGACCAACGUCUGGGAGGGCGGCGUCGGCCUCUUCAUCCUCGGCGGCAUCUCCCUGACCGCGCUCACGAUCCAGUGGAUCCUCGGCCUCAACUUCAACAAGCUGCGAUCGUACCAGGCGUUCGUGGAGUUUCCAUUCGCGUGCGGCAUCCAGGUGGGCACGACGGUGCGCGUCCGCGGCGUGAAGGUGGGCAACGUCCUGUCCGUCAGGCCGUCCCUGGAGAAGGUCGAGGUGCUGAUCGAGAUGGACGAUGACGGCAUCGUGAUCCCGCGGAACUCGCUGGUGGAGGCGAACCAGAGCGGGCUGAUCGCGGAGACGAUCAUCGACAUCACCCCGGAGUUGCCGAUCCCGAAGGCGCAGUGGGGUCCGCUGGAUUCGGGUUGCGAGGGCGAGGGCCUGGUGGUGUGCGACCGCGGCAAGAUCCAGGGCGUGCCGGGCGUGAGCAUGGACGACCUCGUGGGGAUUUGCACCAAGCUGGCGAGGGAGAUGGACCAGCAGAAGGGUUUGCAGAAGAUGUUCGCGGCGACAACCGCGGCGGAGGAUCUGAUGAAGAACCUCGAGCCGCUGCUCCUGGAGGCGGCGAAGAUCGCGAAGGACCUCAGGCCGAUGCUGCAGAACGUGCAGGAGCAGGGGACGCUCGACACCAUCGAGCUGCUCGCGGGUCACGCGACCAAGGCGGUUACGGAUAUCAGGGAGCUCAAGCAGACCAUCCUGACGGAUGAGAACCAGGAGGCGCUGCGACAGUCAAUCACCAUCAUGACCAAGACGCUGCAGCACAUGGAGAAGGUGAGCGGGGACAUCAGCAGCGUGAGCGGCGACCCGGCGACGAGGCAGAACCUGAGGCACCUCAUCCAGUGCCUCAGCAGGCUGGUCGACAAGUGA